AUGGCGGAGAUUGGGUGGGAAGGGGGUCUUACAAUCGCCACGCUGGUGAUCGGACUCAUUGUCAUGGCCGGCGACUGGGUUGGGCCUGACUUUGUCUUUGCAGGCAUGGUCGCAUUUCUGACUGCGGCACGAGUCAUCACUGUCAACCAGUCAACCGCCGGCUUUUCCAGCAGCGGGCUCCUGACGGUGGUGGUUCUCUACGUUGUUGCGGAGGGGAUUGGUCAGACUGGAGGCAUGGAGAAGGCGCUGAACAUCGUGCUCGGCCGCAGCCCCUCCAUCUUCUGGGCCCAGGUCCGGCUCUUCAUCCCCGUCAUGGUGGUGUCAGCGUUCCUUAACAACACCCCAAUCGUUGCGCUGCUCAUUCCGAUCGUGAUUGCCUGGUGCCGCCGCCAGGGGGUGUCUCCUAAGAAGCUGCUCAUUCCGCUCAGCUAUGCGGCUGUCUUUGGCGGAACGCUUACGCUCAUCGGAACGUCGACGAACCUUGUCAUUGCCGCGCUCCAGGAAAGACGCUACGCCAAGACCCGGCCCAAUGACGCGAACUUCAACUUCUUCGAGAUUACCCCGUUCGGCGUAGCGUACGCAAUCUUCGGCAUGUGCUACACUCUGAUGGCGUCGCCCUUUCUUCUCCCGGGGGAAGAUACCAAGCGCCACUCUGACCUGCUAUUCGUGGCCAAAAUCCGCCUCGACUCCCCGGUUGCGAACAAGACCGUCCUCGAGGCGGGGCUUCGAAGCUUGGAGCGCCUCUUCCUAGUUGCUGUCGAGCGUCAGGGACACGUAAGCCACGCCGUGGGUCCAGAUUUCUUCCUUGAGUCCGGCGACCUUUUGUACUUUAGCGGCCAGAUCAAACAAGCGAAGCACUACUCGGAGGAGUUCAGUCUGGAGUUGUUGACUAACGAGACCGAAGCGGGUUCCGGUGAGAAAGGUUUUGCUAUGGCGACCGAUCUGAAGUCAGCGGAAGAGGGGGCGGAGCAGCCGAGCCACGCGGCACAGCUUCUGCAGGCCACCGUGAAAGCAGGGUCCGACAUCGUCGGCAAGAGCAUCCGCGAGAUUGGGUUCCGCGGCCGCUUCCACGCGGCGGUGCUCUCCGUGAAACGCGGCCACGUGAAACAGCCGGGGAAGCUGGGUGACGUCAUCGUCCAAGGGGGCGACGUCUUGGUUCUGCUCACUGAGAAUAAGACGGUGGCAGACGACAAGGAGUUCAAGCGCAUAUUCAAGGAGGUCGAGCCACUGGACCUGACCCUCGAAAAGGAGUUCCUCUCUGGUAUGAGGGUGACGAGCAAGUUUUCCGGCAUCGGCAAGACGAUCACGGAAGCGGGCCUACGAGGAAUCGAGGGCCUUUACUUGGUCGGCAUCGACCGCGCAACCGGCGAGUCUCUGAGGGUGGUGCAACCAGACACAAUCAUCCAGGACGGAGACCUUCUGUGGUUCUCAGGAAGCAUCGAGAACGUGUACUUCGUGCUUAAGAUCACCGGUCUCGAGCAUCACCAAGCUUCUCAGAUUGGCCAGCUCAAGGUCGGGAUCCUGAACCGCCAACUCGUCCAGGUUUCCGUGGCAUAUGACAGCCCUAUCUCCGGGCAAACCGUUCGGCAGGCCGCGUUCCGGACCAAAUACGACGCCGUCGUUCUGGCAAUCCAUCGCCAGGGUCAGCGCCUUGCCGCCGACGUGCGAGACAUUCCGCUCCAGCCGGGCGACGUUCUUCUGCUGGACACCGGAACGAGCUUCCCCAAGCGCUUCAAGGAUGAUCGUGCGUUCUCGAUCAUCAAGGGCGUCUCGGACACGUCACCGCUUAAGUCGAACAAGAUGUGGAUCGCUAUCGGCUUGGCCACCGCUAUGAUCUCCACACAGAUUGCGAGCGGAGCCGCAGACGCCGUCCCGGAAUACAUCAACCUGUUUACACCGGAAUCAUCACGGCGGGGCUUAUGCUCUUAA